AAAUGCUAAUACAAUUUGUAUAGUAUAACCGCGUGCCCUCUCUGCGCGAUAGGUUAUUAAAAAGCCACCUCAGCAAACAAGCGGGCGCGUGAGAGAGCAGAGGGAUCGCGCGAAGAAAGCGAGCACCUGUGCUACGUCACUCCGCCCCAGUUCUGAACUCCAAGAGCGCGCGCUGUACUUCCUCAAACGGUACAAUCACAGAAGCAAGCCAGCUGCUCAGAGGAAAGUUUUUCUCUUCAGGAAAAGAGCUGUGUCUGAGAAAUAAGCCAUUUUUACGAUGGCCCCUUUCUUGAGGAUUGCAUUCAACGCCUAUGAUCUUGGCACGUUCUCGCCAAUGGUUGAGGCUCCUUUCUGUGCCGUCAAAAUGAAGGAAGCACUAAGCACUGAGCGAGGAAAAACGUUGAUCCAGAAGAAGCCCACCAUGUUUCCUGCUUGGCGGUCCAAUUUUGAUGCACAUAUUUUUGAGGGACGUGUCAUACAAGUGCUACUCAUGAAGACUGCAGAGGAACCUUUAGCAGAAGUCACAGUGGGCGUGUCUGUUUUGGCAGAACGAUGCAAAAAAGCUAAUGGACGUGCAGAAUUUUGGGUUGAUUUGCAGCCUUCCGGGAAGGUUAUGAUGUCUGUUCAGUUCUUUUUGGAAGAUGACAAUAAAGAGUGUCGCCAGUCAGUAUUGGUUGAGGAAGAAGCGCCGACUAUUAAUCGUCGUCGUGGAGCUAUUAAACAGGCUAAGAUUCAUUGCAUUAAAAACCAUGAGUUUAUCGCCACCUUCUUCAGACAGCCCACCUUCUGCUCUGUGUGCAGAGAUUUUGUCUGGGGUCUCAAUAAGCAAGGUUACAAGUGUCGACAAUGCAAUGCAGCCAUUCACAAGAAAUGCAUUGAUAAAAUUAUUGGAAGGUGCACAGGCACCGCAACUAAUAGUCGAGACACCAUGUUUCAGAAGGAGCGGUUUAAGAUUGACAUGCCCCAUCGCUUUAAGAACCACAAUUACAUGAGUCCCACCUUUUGUGACCAUUGUGGUAGCUUGCUGUGGGGUCUUGUCAAACAAGGCCUCAAAUGUGAGGACUGCUCCAUGAAUGUCCAUCAUAAGUGUCAAACUAAAGUGGCCAACUUGUGUGGCAUUAACCAAAAACUGUUGGCGGAGGCUCUAACUCAAGUCAGUCAGAAAUCCACAAAGCGCCCUGAAUCCAACCCCCAGGACAUUGCAGUGUACCAGGAUUUUAACAAAAGCCCAGGACCAGAUGUUAAUGAUGGGGCUCCUUAUGGUCUUCUCUGGGAGGGUUCAAGUCCUCGCCCACCUUCUCGAAUCUCCCACCAACCACGCAUCACUGCCGAGCAUUUUAUUUUUCAUAAAGUACUGGGCAAGGGAAGCUUUGGCAAGGUGUUGUUGGCUGAGUUGAAGGGCACCGGUGAAUGGUUUGCAGUAAAGGCGUUAAAGAAAGACGUGGUGUUGAUUGAUGAUGAUGUGGAGUGCACCAUGAUAGAAAAACGAGUGUUGGCUCUCGCCUGGGACAAUCCGUUCCUUACGCACCUCUACUCCACCUUUCAGACCAAGGAGCACUUGUUCUUUGUAAUGGAGUAUCUAAAUGGAGGAGAUCUGAUGUUCCAUAUACAAGAGAAAGGACGCUUUGACCUCUACAGAGCCACGUUCUAUGGAGCUGAAAUAGUGUGUGGCCUGCAGUUCCUUCAUUCCAGAGGCAUUAUUUACAGGGAUCUUAAGCUGGAUAAUGUGAUGUUAGAUGGCAACGGACACAUAAAAAUAGCUGAUUUCGGAAUGUGCAAGGAGAAUGUGUUCGGAGACAGUCGGGCCACCACGUUCUGCGGAACUCCAGAUUAUAUCGCUCCUGAGAUUCUGCUGGGUCAGCAGUAUACGUUCUCGGUGGACUGGUGGUCAUUCGGCGUGUUGGUAUACGAGAUGCUGAUUGGUCAGUCGCCAUUCCACGGUGAUGAUGAGGAUGAGCUUUUUGAAUCAAUCCGAAUGGAUACACCUCAUUACCCCCGCUGGAUCACAGUGGAUUCAAGGGACAUGCUAGAAAAGUUGUUUGAGCGUGACCCAUCACGGCGUUUAGGGGUUGUGGGUAAUAUACGAACCCACCUCUUUUUCAAGACUGUCAAUUGGUCCGCUCUUGAAAGCCGAGAGGUUGAACCUCCCUUCAAACCAAAAGUGAAAGCUCCAAAUGACUGCAGUAACUUCGACCGGGAAUUUUUAAGCGAGAAACCCCGUCUCUCACACUGCGAAAAAGGUCUGAUCGAUUCUAUGGACCAGAACGCCUUCGCUGGCUUUUCCUUUAUUAAUCCAAAAAUGGAGAAUCUUCUGCAAAAGUGACGAAUUUAAAGUUGCUUUGAUCAAAGUUAAAAAAAUGUAGUAUGAUCACGUGGAUAAUAGUAUUCAGUUGAAUAUGAGUUACACCCAGACCAAUAAUGAGCACUCGCUUAAGACACAAAAGCUGUCCGGUCAGCUUCUAACUGAGCCUGUUAAAAACAUAAUAUGCAUUUAAAGCCAGUAUAGUCUUUUAGUGUUAGUGACAUUGCACUUCUGUUGGAUUUUAGGGUGCCCUAAUUGAGAUGCAGUUUUUAACUUAUCCUUUCAAAGUUAGGUUGGCUAGUUCAGACAUCACAAUUAGAAAUGCAGGGACACUGCUGUUUAUUCAUUUAGGAAAAACGUUAGUCGAAGUGUCAAAUAUAGAAAAGAAAUUAGGUCAGAGUAUAUACAGAUAUUGUUUAAAUUGAUAUGUGCAUGCUACAGUCAUGGUUUAUGUUCAGUCUAUGUUUCCAUCUAUGAUGUGCGCCUGAUCCAGGUGUGUGUGCGUGUGUAUAUAUGUACUGUAAUAAUUCACACAGGGUCAACCAGAAUUUUUGUUGUAUAAGUGCGUUGUAAUAGUAUUAAAAGAAUAUAUUGUAUUUUUAUUAGUUUGGGAAAAAGUCUAUACUGUAUGUGAUCAUGUAUGUGUCAUGUGUUUGAUGUUUUAGUGUGUAUAUUGUUACUUUUAAAUAAAAUGUACUUAAUACACGAUCAAAUAACAUGCAUGACUGUUUUUAGGAUGAUUAACUUCAUCUUAGCGUCCAAUAAACAUUUUCAUGAUGAUAAGACAUGCUGGUAUAUUUUCAUACAGUUUUAGGUCAUUUUACAGUAAAGAAAUGUAUACCAAAAUGUGAUGUUAGUCUCAUCUGAUUAAAUACAUUGUUGGUAACACGUGCUCAGAUUGUGUCUAAAUUGGGAGGGCAAUACAGUAUGUCAAUGUUAUAAAUGUAACCUAGCAGCCAAGUGCCAAUUUAGUGGCAACACCAGGGUCAUGGGUUCAUAUCCCAACAACACAAAGUAUGUAUACUUAUAAUGCGUUGUAAGUCUGUUUUCAGGCAUAGAAGAUUCUGCGAAAUGCAAAAAUGUGAAGUAAAUGUAAACUUUAAAUAUGAGCAUGUAAAGGUCAGGUACACGUGUACAUAUUUUUUCAUGAAUCUUACUUCAUUGCAUAUUUUUCAUGAAUUUUUAAGGCAGAUGACUCUGCCUUAAAGUACCCUUACGUGUUGUUGUACACUAAUAAAGAGACACAUUGAGUCUGUU